UUUAGGCUGAUGUUUCAUACAUCUCAGUAACAUGCUGAAUGAUUAGGUACAAGCAAUGAUUUUGAUGCCCAUGUAAUGUAAAUAUUUCCCUUAUUUUUACAUGAGGACCCAGACUUUAAAAAUUACAUUCCUAAAAUAAUCUAGCAAAUCAGUGUCAAAAUUCAAACGAUGAACUAUUUAUCCAGACAAAAAGUCUUUGUACCACAGGGCAUCCAGUAAUUAUUAGCAGUGUAUAGUUUUUUUAUUUCAUUCAGAAAUCACUAAGCCUGGGAUAAGGCUAUUCAGUUAUUUUUUAAUAAGCAAUGUACCAUUAAAAUCUUAUAAAUCAACUAGAAGUUUGAUGUAACCCUCCAUGUUUUACUUGUAUUUAUAACACCAGAUCUGUAGGAGAAAAUAAAGGCAAAGGAAAAGGAUUGCUUAAGGAAUUAUUUACAGCUUGAUCACAUACAAGAUUUUUACCUAAAUAUAAUAGUACUUCUUUUAUCUACAACAGCACUUUGAGAAGGAAUCAUUAGCAAAGCUAAUAAUCAGCAACUGAAUAGGCUUGCAUAAAUACUGAGCCUACAUUCUUUGCUUUUGCAUCAUUGAGCCUGGCAUCCUCAGCAGUCCACCUGACGCUGAAGCAGGGCAAAGCAGGCGAGGAGGGCUGCAGGACCACACAGGUUGCGGGCUGCCAUCGCUUUUGGGAGGUCCUGUCCCCCCCCCCAACGCUGGUUUCUCUGGAUUUCCAGAGAAAUUCCACCAGCUUAGUGUGGCGGUGUUGGCCACGUAACCGUUGGCUACUGUUUAAGAAAAGCAGUCACUAUAAAAUUUUGUCUCAUUUUUCUGUGAGACAGGAGCUCCAACCCUGUUGGCAGGGAUGGCCAACCCCACGAGUAAUCCAGAGACAGGCAAAGACAUGGAAGAGCUGGCAAAAGGCCUGGAGGAACUCUGUGCGAGGCCUGAAGAAGAGAAGAGUGAGAAGACUCUACUGCGUUCACCCCUAGAACAGCAGCAUCACCUUAUCUGUAUAUUGAAGAAAAAAGCAGAUGACGCAUGCAAAUGCUGCAGAGGCCUGGAGCAGCUCAACACGGAGCUGGAGAAACUCAGGACAGAGGAUGCUGUGAAAAUGAAAACCCAGACCCAACGGCUUCAGCAUCUGGAGGGGCGCUUCAUGGAUCUGGCCAACAACCAUGAAAAAAUGAUCCAGUUCAAGAACGAACACAGGAAACGGCAUAUGCAGCUGUGGGAGGAGAAUAAGCGCCUGCAGCAGGAGCACGAAGCGCUCUUCAGCCAGACCGUGAGGGAGAAGGAAGCUGAAGUGCUCCAGCUCACAGCCCAGGCCAGAAAGCUCACGCAGCAGUUAGACACCUUACAGGAGAAACACGCUUACGAGAGUCGCAGAGCCCAGAAGCGAGAAAAGGAGCUGCUGGAAGCUCAGAGCCUCCAAGCAAGCGCCUAUGCCUGGGAAGCCGAUUCACUAAAAAAACAGCUGCAACACCUACAGGAGAAGCACCAACAAACUGUUGCACAGGUGGAACAUGCUGAAAACCAGCAGAGGGCUCAGGGCAGCGAGCUGCAGGCCAGGCUGGAGAGGGCGAAUGAGGAGAAAGAGUGGCUACUGAAGCUGGCCAUGGAGAGGGGCAAAGCUCUGCAAGAAAUGCAGCAGGAAAUUAAGCAGCUGGGGAGGAAGCUGGAGACUGCAGAAAACACCAGGCAGAGAGCAGGGAAGCAUCUUGUGAAAGAGGCAGCAGCAGCAAAUGACCUGAAGGUCCAAGAGCUCCAACAACAGCUCGAAAGCAGCGAACAGGCAUACAGCGAACUCUUGCUGCAGUUUGACACUUACAGAAAGCACAGUAUGGAUUUGCUGUGUAAGGAAAAAGCGCUGAAUGUCAAACUCCGUCAUUUUGUUGUGUAACUGCAGCUUUCUGCCCUGCUCUCGUCUUGGCAGGUGCCCCUCCUGUGACACACCACUGCAUUUUGUUCCUUUUCCUGAGACCCUCUUCUGACAGAGACCGCCUUCUGAUUUCUCUGCAACGUACUUACCAACUUCAAUCCUCCUCCAAAGAUGGUUCUGUAGCUUUUUUCUGUUGUUGUUACACGUUUACGUAAGAGCUCUACACUAUUAAAUCUGAUCAGGGAUUGUUGAACUAGUCAAACCUGUGACAUGAAGGAUUGGGGUGGAAAACAUAAGACAUGAAUUUGAUUGAUUUGGU